AAGCAACGCGACAACGCUCCACAAGUCAAUUUCGUCGGUCAAGUUCACCUCGGGCAACGUGACUUACACGCGCGACAACAUUGACUUUGUCCAAAUCCUGCACUACAAGUCCAUCGAGCUCAGCCGCAUCCUGGAGGAGACCAUUCUGCCGCAGAGCGCCUUCGACGAGAACCGCAGGGCCGAGAUCAUCAUCACGUACAGGAAGCCCGAGCCGGGUGCUACUGCAGUCCCGGCCGACAACAUCGCGCGGACGAUUCUCCAGUGUGCGUAGCGCCCUGCCUGUCGUCGGACGGCGAGAACAAGAUUGACGAGAGCGCGCAGUGUACAGCCACUCGGAGGUUCAGCACAAGCGGGGCGAGGACGUCUUGUUCAUCAAGAACAUCGAGUGCACGGGAUACGACGCCUCCGACACGCCCGGCGCGACGGCGACGGCGACGAUAACGUUGGAGUUUGCCUCGGCCGACGCUGCCUACGACUGGUACAAGGAGCUGGAGGCCAUCCGCAUGGACCUCUUCGUCAUUGACCUGCAGUAUCCACGCGACGAUGAGAAGGUGCUCUUGAAGCUUCAGGCACAGGACGUGCACACGGAGCGGAUGCACAUCACCGACGCCGACAUCAUGAUCCUGCAAAAGGCCAAGACGGAGCGCUUCCGCCUCGUCGUGCGGAGCAAGACGGGCUACUCAGUCCUGAGCCAAGAGCUGACCAAAGACUUCUUCCAGACGCUGGCGGAGCGCAACACGGCCGACUACAGCGCUCUGUCGUUUGAGGUUCUCAUGAACUCGUCGGGCAAGCGCGAAGUCAAGAAGUGUCCGCGUGGGUUCUCGCACCUCUUUUUCUCCGACAGCAAGAUCGAGCAAGUCUUCACCAUGGGCCUCGCGGCCGUGGGAGGGCCGGUGACGCAGCACCAGAUCGAAGGGCCGUCACCAUUGACGCCGAUGGAAGGCGUGGAGGAGGGCUGAGUGGGGGACGAACAACGUAGUACCCUGCCAUCUGUGAAGCCAACUUUCAUUGAACAGCACGGCGGAUCUCGUAACUAGCAUGUAUCCUUGUGUAAUAAGAAGCGUUGUCCAUGUUGAACAACCUCGGA